UUUCUUUCUAUUGAAUGCCCCUUCCUGACCUGCUCUUCUGCAAAAUUGCAAGCUGAUUUAUUUAGAUUUUGUUUAAAAAUAAAUAAAUACACGCAUUGCAAUCCUCAACGUGUUCCAUUCCUGCUGAGCUUCCAUGGGACUAGUUCCCCAGCGAGGGUGCUUGGGAUCACAGCUUUAGUUUCCAUUGGCAGAAGCUGGAGGCCUAACCGGACAUCAGGAAGGAGCCGCAAGUGAAGGCCAUCAGUGGGUAAACAAGCUUUGGGGAUGGCACCAGGAGUGAAGGUCUGAGGCCUGUUGCUCUUGUCUUUCUAUAAUCUCUGGCCACGAAGCCAGACAAUUUCCUCUCCAUCUGCACAAAGGGGAUGGAGGAACAGAGCUGAGCUAGGAUCAUCCCUCGGUAAGAGAAAAUGACCUCAGAAAUGGAGGAAGAAUUCUCAGCCCUGGGUCUCCGCAGGGUCAUUGUAGAGCUGGACAUGAAGCCAGAAAUCAAAAUGGAGGGACCAGACCCGGAACUCGAAGGAGGACUGCAGAGAACCGGAGACGCUUGCCUGGCUGUCCAGGCGGAGACGGUUCCUCGUGGAUUAACGGCAACAUCGCGACACAUUAAACAGGAAGCAGACGAGGGGCCGUCGUCCCAGCGGUGGGAAGGGCAGUGGCCAGAGUUUCUGCACAGGCCGCAGUCCCCUCUGUUAGAACCAGGGAACCCGCAGCUGCAAAGGAAUAUGCUGAGGGAGGAUUUGAAGAAUUCUCUGGCCCGUUUUGAAGGAGCAGUGGCCACCGGCCAAUGGGCGAAAGGAGACGACGUGACCAGGCUCAGGCCGGGUCUCACCAGACCAGACCAAGAGGACCGAGGCUUAGAUGCCACAAGUGGGAGCGGCGAUGAGCAAGCAGGAGAGGUCAAGGCCGUGGAUCCUGCCAGUUCCGAACGCCAGCGCCAGCGCUUCAGGCGUUUCGGCUACCAGGAAGCCGAGGGCCCAUGGGAGGCGUACUGUCAGCUCCGGAAGUUUUGCCACCAAUGGCUGACGCCGGAGCGACACACCAAAGAAGAAAUCCUGGAGCUGGUGAUCCUGGAGCAGUUCUUGUCCAUCUUGCCUCAGGAGAUGCUGAGCUGGAUCAGGGAACGCGACUCAGAGAGCUGCUUCCAUGCCGUGGCCCUCGCCGAGCAUUUUCUCCUCAGGCAGCGAGAGGCUGAGAGGCAGGAGCAGCAGGUGCCGGGGAUGAAACAGGAGGCGGCUGUGAAUUUUUCAGCCGCAGAAGGAGCAUCGCUGGAUGUGACCCUCAGGCAACUCUACAGAGAGGUCAAGCAGGAAGAGGAAGGAGACGCCAGUGGGCUAGCAUCUGAUGGAAAACAGAGUGAGAACGACGGGAUGCCAUUGGAAAGAGAAAGCAGUCAGGACUCGAAAGAAACUAUUUCAGAACAAGUUGAGCCAGAGAGUCUUCCAGGCCAGCAAACGGAGGAGCAUAGGAGUGAAUCCACUGCCGCUCAGGGCACGGGUCUCUGUGAAACAGCGGUCCAACAAACAACACCCAAGGGAAAGAGACCAAGCGAUAAACUGUUCCAUGACCUCAGUAGGCAUCAUAGAGCCCACACGGGAGAAGAACUCUACGAAUGCUCAGAUUGUGGGAAAGUGUUUAUUUCUAGGGCUGGCUUCAUCAUGCACAUAAGAGUCCACGGCCGAGAGAAGCCGUACGAGUGCUCCGACUGCGGCAAGCACUUCAGGCGGAGCUCGCACCUCAAUAGCCAUAGCAAAAUCCACGCGGGAGUGAAGCCGUUCAAAUGCUUGGACUGCGGGAAGGGAUUCAGUCGGAGCUCCAACCUGAUCUCACAUCAGAGAAUGCACACGGGGGAGAAGCCGUACUCGUGCUCGUCCUGUAGCAAGCAGUUUUGUGACAAGUCGAGCCUGGUUCGACACGAGAGGCUCCAUACCGGGGAUAAGCCGUACAAAUGCACCGAAUGCGGGAAAAGCUUCAGCCAGAGCCACCAUCUCAUCACGCACCAGAGAAGCCACACGGGCGAGAAGCCGUACAAAUGUUUGCUCUGCAGCAAAAGCUUUUGCGACCGAUCCACUUACAUCCGGCAUCAGAAAAACCACACGGGCGAGAAAACCUUUAAGUGCUCCGACUGUGGCGAAUGCUUCAGUCGGAACAAGCACCUCGUCAGGCACCGGAGCAUUCAUACAGCGAGGGAGCUCUACACCUGCUCCGACUGCGGCGAAAGCUUUUGCCGCAGAUCAGGCCUUAAGAUGCACCAGAAAAUCCACACCGGGGAGAAGCCGUACGAAUGCCCAGAUUGUGGGAAGAAGUUCAACCGCAGCACAAACCUUAUUAGCCAUCAGAGAAUCCACACCGGAGAGAGACCCUACGGAUGCCCCGACUGUGGGAAGAGGUUCAAUCGUAGGACACAUCUUGUUAGCCAUCAGAGAAUCCACGGGCAGAGGAAAGAAACGACAGAGAUGCUCGUAGCUGAAGAAGAGCUUCCGUCGGAAGAGUUCAAGGCAGGAUAUGUGCCCCCAUCUUUUAUCAUCACAACAACCCUGUGAGAGGAGCAUUUAAUCCCGGGCAAUUUGAAGUAGAAGAGCCCUGAACCCAGAUUUGCCAUCUCCGUAAUAACUGAACUUAAAAUAUUUCUAUAACACUUCAGUACCCAGAGGGAGGAAAGUUUGCAGCAAUGUGGUUUAUAGAUUUUGACCUGAAGGCUUGGCAUGUGGAAGAUAUGUUAAUUUGUCCCCAUAGAAGGCUAUUUAUUCUACGCUCUCCUUUUUGCGAUCAAUUGUAAACCUUUGUACGUUACUAUUUUCUAACUCUGAUAAAAUGUAUUUUUAAAAAAUUGUACACAAACACACA